AUGGUGCGAACGCAAUCGCUCUCGCUGCCCGUGAUGGCUUCCAUGUCAUCGCCCUUAUCGCCUUUAUCCUCCCCACCGUCGGUUAUGUCCAAGUAUGUCGUGGGUGUAUGUGCUAUGGAGAAAAAGACGCAUUCCAAGCCCAUGCGUGAAAUUUUACGCCGUCUCGAGAAGAAACGGCAGUUUGAUGUGUUUGUCUUUGAUGACGAGACAAUUUUCAAUCGUCCAGUCGAGUCGUGGCCAGUUUGUGAUGCACUUAUUUCAUUCUAUUCGACGGGUUUUCCUCUUCAAAAGGCCGAAGAGUAUGUCCGUCUUGUACGGCCCGUACUGGUCAAUGAGUUGAACAUGCAGCACGUGCUCUUUGACCGCCGCAAAGUGUACGCGCUUCUUACGUGUCAUGGUAUUCAGGUGCCUCGUCACAUUAUUGUGAAUCGUGAUUUACCUGGCGGCAAACAGGACGAACUUAUUGAACAUGACAAUUACGUUGAGAUCAAUAACGUGCGGAUCAAUAAGCCAUUUGUUGAGAAACCGGCAAAUGCAGAAGACCAUAAUGUCUAUCUUUAUUAUCCCAUGAGUGCAGGUGGAGGCAGCAAACGUUUGUUUCGGAAAGUGGGAGACCGUUCGAGCGAAUUUUAUCCGGACAUUAGCCACGUACGAAGAGAUGGUUCAUACAUCUACGAGGAGUUUCUAAAUACUCAAGGAACGGACGUCAAGGUGUACACUGUUGGCUCGAGCUAUGGCCAUGCCGAAGCCCGCAAGUCGCCAGUGCUUGAUGGCCGCGUAGUACGUGACUCGGCUGGGAAAGAAGUACGCUAUCCUGUCAUUUUGAAUUCGACGGAGAAAGAGAUGGCAAGGAAAGUGUGCUUGGCCUUUCAUCAGACGGUGUGUGGAUUUGAUCUGCUCCGUGUACGGGGCACCUCGUACGUGUGUGACGUGAAUGGCUGGAGCUUUGUGAAGAAUUCGAAGAAAUAUUACGAUGAUUGCGGGCUGAUAUUGCAUAAUUACUUGGUAUCGGCACUGCGUUCGAGGUACUUUCGUCAGCGUCGUGCGAACUCACUAAAUGUAACGGGUACGCAAAUGUGUCCACAGUAUGCAACAGAACCCAGGCUUGUAAACAACGGAGGCCACGAUUGGCACCAAACUCGUCAAAGCUCGGGUUCUGAUGUAUCUGAAUCGAGCGUAACCAGUAACACCAGCGCAGGUUUGGUGCCGGACGAAAACCGAGAGGAACUACGCUGCGUCAUUGCUGUGGUACGUCAUGGUGAUCGCACGCCUAAACAAAAACUGAAAACUCAUGUAUGGGAGAAAGAUCUCGUUGAUUUUUACGAAAAGCGGCGUAGUGAAGGCAAGUAUGAUGAGGUAAAGGUAAAGUCAGUUGCGGAUCUUCAAGAGCUGUUAGACCUGGUACGUAGCCUCAUUAAGGCGUACGCACCCAGCGUUGGCUCGAAGAAUGGCAUGUGGGAAGUUGAGGGUGGAGAUAGCUUUGAAAAGGUGCUUCAAAUGAAACGCGUGUUGGAGCGGUGGAAAUUUGCGGGUAUAAAUCGUAAGGUACAGUUUAAGCCACACAAGAACUUUGCGGUAGCUGCUGCUGCAUAUGCAGAUAAUCCCGACGGAGCAGAAAAACCGAAGAUUCUCAUGAUAUUAAAGUGGGGAGGCGACCUGACGGAACGAGGUAGACGGCAAGGUGAAGCGUUGGGACAGUCUUUCAGAAACAGUCUUUAUCCUGUUGAAGUAGAAGAAGGUGGGUUGCUACGCUUACACUCGACGUUCCGUCACGACCUCAAAAUCUUCACGUCAGACGAGGGCCGAGUGCAAAUGACUGCAGCAGCAUUCGCUAAGGGUUUUUUAGAGUUGGAAGGAGAUCUUACACCAAUUCUCGUGGGUCUCGUCACCACGCUCGACAGAGAUGCCAACAAAAUGCUGGACCACUCCGGACAAGCUGAUGCUACGGAAGAGAUGCAGGCUAUAAAAGCCAAACUGGGGACGCUAUUGCAGCGCGACUACUCUUCCGUUGAAGAGAUGCAAGCUGCAAUUGCGCCGCUAAAGGCCGAGUCUAUCAUCCAAGCACUCGAAAUCAUAAAGAAUCCGAAAGAGGCAUUAGUUCGCCUGCUGGAACUGGUUCGCAAGCUCCGAGGUGAAAUUGCGGAGCUCGUGCAAGAUAAGCAGGCUGAUGAGGCUACACCGUUAUACAUGGGUGAAACGUUUUCGCUCAUGUACGAGCGCUGGGAUAAGAUCUUUCGUGACUUCUACUCGACCAAGACAGGCACGUUCAAUCUUAGUAAAAUUCCCGACGUGCACGAUUGUAUCAAAUAUGACCUGCUCCACAACGCGAGCAUCGGUUGGAAGUGUGGUCUUGACCUUUUUAAGCUUGCUGAGGCUCUAGCACGGUGCUACGUCUCACAAGAAUACGGCAUGGACAUUGAAGAGAAGCAAUCUAUCGGCAACCGUGUUUCGCAGGCGCUUUGUGCAAAAAUUCGUGCUGACAUUGUGACUGUCAUGUUGGCGUCAGUCAAUGAACAGCUAUCGUCAUCUUCGUCAGGGAGUCUCUAUGGGAAUGGUGAUGGUGCUGAAGAUGGAACGAAUGUUGACAGCGCAGAUCAGGAUAUCGAGCAUCACGGCUACCGCUUGGAUCCCUCCUUCGCGAAGGAACUUCGUAUCAAAAGCCCAGGUACGCGGGUUCGCACGCGACUUUACUUUACGAGUGAAAGCCAUCUACACACGCUUUUGAACGUGUUGCGUUUCCAGUGCCCGUCUUGGCGCGCGCGUAUCCACGAUCGCGGCGAGGAUGACGAGUAUAAUAUUUCGUUGGAACAGGAGUUGUUCAGCAACGAAAUUUUGAAACGAAUGGGCAUUAGCGUUAACGACCACAUGACCCAGCGCAAAUACGUUUUCUGCGAGUCCAAGCUAAUUUCUGACAACAGUUGGCGUGCAUUAGACCGCAUAGUGGAGAUCAAUUACCUCGCGCACAUUGUUAUCCGCGUAUUCGAAACCCCGUCACUUCCAGAAGAUAACGAAGAUCGCUUUCGCGUGGAAAUCUCCUUCUCCGCGGGCGUCAACGAUGGACUUGCAGAUUCACCUGCUGGCACCGAAGGUGUGCACGACACGAUCUACCUCACUAAGAACAUGACCGGCGUGAUGUUUGAAGACAUGCUGGCAGCUUGUGUCUCUUCCGUUGAGAGCACGUCUACUUAA